AUGGUUGUGUGCAGGAAGGAGGAGGCGAUCCAGGCCGUGGAGGAGGACAUGGCGAGGGAGAGGAGCGUGGCGGAGGAGCUGGUGCAGUCCAUGGCGUCGGCGCGACAGGAGCAGUACUACACCAUGACGGCCAACAACCAGCAGCUGCUGCAGGAGCUGAGCGUGCUGCAGGAGGAGCUGGACCUUCUGCAGACCAGGAGAGAGGACUAUGAAGCAGAGCUGUCCCACUCUCAGACCAAACAGCAGAUGGUUCUCCUCCAUGAACACCUCAGUGAGCUGCAGCAGAGGAGAGACGCUCUGGAGGCCGAGCACAAGAACAUGGGCUCUCCUCAGGAGGAGCGGGAGCGCCUCCUCAGACAGGUGCACCUCCUCCACACACCACACCUCCUCCACCACAUCACCUCCUCCACACACCACACCUCCUCCACACACCACACCUCCUCCACACACCACACCUCCUCCACCACAUCACCUCCUCCACACACCGCACCUCCUCCACCACAUCACCUCCUCCACCACAUCACCUCCUCCACCACAUCACCUCCUCCACCACAUCACCUCCUCCACACACCGCACCUCCUCCACACACCACACCUCCUCCACCACCACACCUCCUCCACACACCACACCUCCUCCACCACAUCACCUCCUCCACCACCACACCUCCUCCACACACCGCACCUCCUCCACCACAUCACCUCCUCCACACACCACACCUCCUCCACCACAUCACCUCCUCCACACACCACACCUCCUCCACACACCACACCUCCUCCACCACAUCACCUCCUCCACACACCGCACCUCCUCCACCACAUCACCUCCUCCACCACAUCACCUCCUCCACCACAUCACCUCCUCCACACACCACACCUCCUCCACACACCACACCUCCUCCACCACCACACCUCCUCUGCCUCACCGCACCUCCUCUGCCUCACCGCACCUCCUCCAACACAUCACCUCCUCCAACACAUCACCUCCUCCUCCACACACCACACCUCCUCCACACACCACACCUCCUCCACACACCGCACCUCCUCCACCACCACACCUCCUCUGCCUCACCGCACCUCCUCUGCCUCUCACCGCACCUCCUCCACACACCGCACCUCCUCCACACACCACACCUCCUCCACACACCACACCUCCUCCACACACCGCACCUCCUCCACACACCGCACCUCCUCCACCACAUCACCUCCUCCACACACCACACCUCCUCCACCACCACACCUCCUCCACACACCGCACCUCCUCCACACACCGCACCUCCUCUGCCUCACCGCACCUUCUCCACACACCGCACCUCUCCCAACACAUCACCUCCUCCACACACCGCACCUCCUCCACACACCACACCUCCUCCACCACAUCACCUCCUCCACACACCGCACCUCCUCCACACACCGCACCUCCUCCACACACCACACCUCCUCCACCACCACACCUCCUCCACACACCGCACCUCCUCCACACACCACACCUCCUCCACACACCACACCUCCUCUCCCUCACCGCACCUCCUCCAACACACCGCACACCUCCUCCACACACCACACCUCCUCCACCACCACACCUCCUCUGCCUCACACCUCCUCCACACACCGCACCUCCUCCACACACCACACCUCCUCCACACACCACACCUCCUCUGCCUCACCGCACCUCCUCCAACACAUCACCUCCUCCACACACCGCACCUCCUCCCACACACCGCACCUCCUCUGCCUCACCGCACCUCCUCCACACACCGCACCUCCUCCACACACCGCACCUCCUCCACACACCACACCUCCUCCACACACCGCACCUCCUCCACACACCACACCUCCUCUGCCUCACCGCACCUCCUCCAACACACCGCACCUCCUCCACACACCACACCUCCUCCACCACCACACCUCCUCUGCCUCACCGCACCUCCUCCACCACCACACCUCCUCCACACACCGCACCUCCUCCACCACCACACCUCCUCCACACACCGCACCUCCUCCACACACCACACCUCCUCCACACAUCGCACCUCCUCCACACACCACACCUCCUCCACACACCGCACCUCCUCCACACACCGCACCUCCUCCACACACCACACCUCCUCCACACACCAAACCAAACAUUUUUUUUUUUCUUCUAAAACUCCUGUUUUAUUGA